GGAUAUGUACCCCUAGCAGCUGAUACCAGCUGAUCUAAAAAUAGUGCAGGUCCUAGUAGAUAGACUGCUAACUAUUCUGAGUAGGUUACUUGCUUUCUCAGUCAACUUCAAAAGAACCAUAACUGUCCAGGAGCAUAUUAUCUCCCUAGAAUCAACAAAGUACCAACAAGAUGGCCAUGUUACCAAAAAACCUUCCCAGACCAGAGGAGUGUCAAGGAGCACAGACUCUAUGGUAUGACAAGAAGAAAUAUUUGGCCAUUAACUUCAUGGUGCAAAACCCCAAGGAUGUUGAGGUUGAUAUUCAGGAUACCUAUAUAGUUUUAAGUUGCAAAGACGUUGACGACAACAACAUGUACAAUCACAUUUACUUCUACGACAAAGUAAUUAAAUUCGACUCUCAAGUGAAAAUCUAUGAUCGCAGUAUCCACAUCUUGAUCAGGAAGGUUAAAGAAAAUGUAGCAUGGCCUCGUCUUCAGAAAGAUGCCAAUCUCAAGCCAAAUUGGUUGGCUGUAGACUUCGAAAACUGGAGAGACUGGGCGAACGAAGAGGAUGAGGGAAUGGCAGAGUACGAACAAUAUGCGGAAAUGAUUCAGGAUUUAGGGAGCAAGAAAGGAGAGCCACCUGCGAUGGAUGAUCUUGAUGAUCUGAGUGAUUGAACAUUUCUGAAGAGAGCCUUUUUCUGCAUUGGACGUGGUGGACGUGGAUUGAGUCAUCAAAGCCAUGUCGAUGGACUUUGUGUAUUUCGUGAUGAUGGUUUGCUAUGAAUGUGAUGUGAAUGAAUGCUGUGUAUUGCUAAAUGUGUUUUCACUGGUGAUGUUUUCUGUGUAAUUUAAAAUGUUUUAUUGAAUGUGUUAUUUAUUAAAUCAACUGAAGCAGGGGCAUCAUGCACCCCAAAAAUCUGAGGUGGUACAAAGAACAGGAUGGCUGGGGGGUGGUGGCCAUAAGUUGGAAAAUUGUGCAUAUUUCAAACAUCUGAAAUAGAUUUUCCCUGCUAUUUAGAGCCAUAUUCAUUGUUCUUAAUUGUUUGUAAAAAAAAUAUGUAUUUUUUUCCUGCAUAUCUAAGCUAAAAUCUGGGUAAAAGAUUGAAAGGAAUGAGAGUCUUAUUCAGUACAUUUACAGUUAUUGCUUAUUUUUAUAGUCUACCAACUUUUCCUGCAGGCAUGCCUAUAGGCAUGCAGAUAGUUGGACAAGCUAGCUACUUGAUUGAUAGCCUGAAAUGGCCUCUCGGUAGCUAGUUGGGAGAUUGGGAACCUAUCUGGGCUAGCUAAAGCCAACUCUAUAAAAUUGCUUUGUGACUAGUAGUAUUACCUUUUACUGCAGUGGGCUAAAUCAAGGUCACAUAGAGUAUUUCUUGGUAGUCUUAAACAAAUCUACUUUGAAAUAGAAGUAUACACCUCACACACAUGGUUAUGAGCUUAAAAAAAAGAAGACACCUGUUCCAUGUCAGAUAUUGAGUUGACAUUUUUAACAUUUUGAGUUUGCAUCCCAAUAUUGCACUUUAUAUACAUCACAGAAGACUGAAAUAUAACAAAAUGGUUUGACAUAGAAACACCAGAUUUUUGGUAUUAUUUUUUAUUUUUAAGUUUAGUAAUUUUGAAAUUCCAAAAAAUAUUAACGUUCCACCCAUGUGGCCACUAGAGGGCGCUUUGGUCAUUCAACUGCAGAAAAGGGUCUACAAACAGGGCAGAUCUAAGAGGGCACGUGCCCCUGUGCCCCCUAUGGGCAUGACGCCUCUGAACUGAAGUCUUGUUUAUACUUAACUGUUAUGUAGUAAUCUAGAAUAUUGAAGCUUGAAAUGUAACAGCCACAUCACACCCUAUAGGCCAAACAGUACAUUCAUUAAUUUACUUAAUCAAUGAAAUCUAUAUUUGAAAGUCAAACCUUUUGGAUAAAAGCUGUGCACUAUAAACUUUUGUAUACUGCUAAUACUGCUUUUAAUUUUUUUUUGCUCAAAACAACUUUUUCCUGUACAUAAGUUACAAAAUAAUUCUCUAAAGAGGGUGAAUUCUCAUUGCAGAAACAAUAAAUAUUGGGGCGAGCACAUCAA